GUCUGAUGUACAGUGUGACGAACAAAGCUAAGGUGUUUGAUUCUGACUGGGUGAAGCGUAUGUGCGCCUCUGGCAGGGAAUAUUUGGCCGCAGGCGGAGGGAGGGCAGGUCUGACGCAGAGAGCACCUGCUGUAAUGGCGCCGUUACGCGCGGUACCAUUUCACACUUCAGACCAGAAAACCGUUAGUCUGCACCAAUUUAAUCUCCGAGGACGCUGUCACUCCCUGGAGACCAAAUAAGUGCAUUUGAUUGGGCCAAAACUAUGUGGCCGCGGCACGGAGAGAAACAAACCGGGAGAAUUUCGUCUAUAUCAGCCCUAAAUCAAACCACGAUCCUUCGGUCCUGCGGUCGGAGCCGAGCUGAUGAUGAUGCAAAGAGACAGAAAGGUGUUUGGUGCUUCGUGCCCCAACCAAAUGGGCCAACACGGGAGGAGAGUUGCAGACAAAGUGGUGGUGCCAAGAAGCAGCAGUCCCGUCACGGUGUACGUAGAGCUGCCAUGCAUCGUUGAACAAGCGUUUUCAACAAUUGCAUGGGAUGAUUUGGAAGACUGCGCGUCCAUGGGGAGACGACAGAGCGACACCCACGCUUCUCAGGUAAAUGAAUCUGAUGUAGAUGACCGAGACUUUGGAGAUUAUGCGCUGGAUUUCAUCGCAGAUUCCCCUGCCACCCUGGAGAGCAGUCUGUCUCCAGCUGAACUGGUACCAUUUCAGGGAUGUGUCAUACCCCCCCUAACCCCUCAGCAGUACUUUUCCUCAGAGGACAGUCUGGUUCACUCCUCCGCAGAAGCAGGUAACCCAUCUGCCCAAGAUGGAUCUCCGUGGAAGGACAUUGUCCAGUGCCAAGGCAUGGCGCUGGGAGGGUCCGUGGAAGUCAACAGUCAGCUCCAUGACACUCUACACAGACAACAGGAAGAGAUUGACUCCCUUCAGGAGAGAAACCUCCACCUCAGGCAGCUGGCCAGCCGUGCAAAACACUUGGCCUCGGUGCUUGAAAAUAUUAUGACAGUUAGAGACUCAUAUGUAACAGAGCCCUUGAUGCCAUGUGAGGAUAAAACUUCCCUGAGCCCGUGUAAGCGGCAGAGACUGGAUGAGGGAUACGAAACAGAAUCCUCUGACUCGGUGGAGGACAUGCUGAGGGACAUCAGUACACGCUGCAAUGCUGUCCUACAUGGUGCUGCUGCCGGAACAAUGCGACAGCAGGAAUCAGAGACUGUACGCAUGUACGGUGCAUUCGCAGGCCUGCAAACCUCUGUUUCCAAAGGCAGCAGCCUGGUGAUGGACGGAGCACAGCCUGAAGAGACUGUCUCAUCUUUCAGAACUUCUAUUAGAGAACACUGCACCAUAAGGACUCAGGUGUUUCCUCACGGACGCGCCUUCACCUCGAGGACUCAGCAAGGAAGAUACCGCUUUCGUUGGGUUCCCAACCACAGCUGAAAUCAGGGCUUAAAAAUGUAAAAUUGGAUCAAUUUAUGCUUGUGAUAUGUGUAUGCAAGCACGGAAGGAAGUGUGGGUGGGCAGUGACUGUUAAUGCUUAACUAAUGAGCUAUACUGAUAUCUGUGAAUGAUUAAAUGAUGUCUUCCUCAGGUAGCUUGUCAGCCAAUCAGUCAGAGGUUGGUGCCUGACAAAGGAAAUAAUACUGCCUUAGCUUUUGUUUUCAUUGUGUUUCUGUUUACAUGCCGCAAAAUGUAAUGAUCCAGCCAGACAAUGGAGCAAUGCCAUGUUUAUUUUUACAGCUCACAGUAUGUUUUGUCUUGGAAAACAGAAAUGACUUUACAUGGUUGGAAAUAAAAGUUACAUAAGGGUGAUUUUGGAUUUAUUUAUUUUUCCCUCUGGAAAAAGGACUGAGGUGAAAUUUAAACAAAUGGAAAGAAAACGUUUUCACUGUGAACUUUUCUUGUUUGAGAAGUGAGUCAAAUGUGACCCCAUGACCUUCUCUAAGAAGCAGGGACUUCCUGCCCUUUUGUCUCUGUCUGAGUGACUGUGUGGUCUGGAAAAAAGACAUUUGAUUUUGAUGCAUUGCAGCCAACAUCCUUGUUUAUAUCCUUCUUUAUGGAAAUUAAAAUAUUUUUCACCGCAUCGCACAAUUCAUUGGUGUUCUUCUGAUAACACUACAGCUGUAUAAACAGGAUCCCCCAGUUUGGAAAAAGAUUCCUUUUGCUUCCAAAACCUUUUAGGCAUCUGUAAAGCAAUUAUUUUAUGACGUAUUUCACAAUAACAACAUGCUGCCAAAACAGUAAAUUCUGAAAAAGGAAUUGAAAAAUCUCUCAUAUGGUGGGCUAAUCAGUGAGUACUGUUGAAGUAACAUAAUAAUAAACAGU